GCUCGGAUCAAUGUGGUCGUGGCUGGGGCGGUAUGCAUUGCAAAUAUGUCUUCUGGAAGAAUCCAAGGUUUGUCAUGCUCUGCUAGCAUGACUCGAAAGGCUGUCAUGCUCAUUACCCGAAAGCCCGCCCAUUUUUCUGUCAUGCAGAAACGCGAUUUGUCAUGCAGAAUACACAAGACCGUAGGCACUCAGAAACUUUUCAUGCUGAGCUGCAAGUUGAGGCGUCAUCUCGAUUGUCCUACCCGCAUCACAAGUUUCCAGACCCAGACAUAUUUGCAAUGCAUAGGCGGCGUAAACUUCGGACUCGUGAAGGUGGACGGAACCAUCGAGGUAGUAAAAGUAUCAAAUGCAAAAAUGUCUGGGUCUGGGAAGUUAGAACUUGUGAUGCUAACUUUGGACUCUAAAAAAAUCUGUAUUGCAUGACCAGCAAGAGGAGCCACAUUUGUGCUACGCGAGGAGGGCAUUUGUCAUGCGGAAAUGGCAUCAGGAAGCUUUCCAAAAAUCUGUGAUGCUGGGUCAUGCAUUACAAGCAUCAUGGGUCAUGCCAGACAAGCAUGACAAGCCUUCCAUUCUUCCAGACCCAGACAUUUUUGCAUUUGAUAAAAAGCACCGGUCAACAAGAAGAUCCAGGAGUGCACUCAGUUUCCGAAGCGCUAGCGGGGCAUUGGUGGCUCCACGACCAAGGUGGAGAAGUAAUGUUCUUAUGUAUUCCCGACCGGAAGAGAGCGAGGAAGUUGUCCAGGAAGGCGCCAACGCCGAAGAAGCAGCACUAGUUGCUGUUGAACCCAACAACUAAACCCUUUCUCUUUACAACCCUUUACAUUUACUGGGUAACAUUCAUCAUCAUCAUCAUUUUUAUCUUGUGUCUGCAUAAAACAUCUACAUCAUCGAGCUUCAGCUGAUUGAGUGGGUGGUCAAUUUGUGAAUAAUUCAUUGUGUAUGUGGAUGUGCUAUGUAUGAAUCUUGUUGAGAAUGAGAAUAAUAAGUCUGACUAUGUCUGCCUGCCGGCUAGGACGCCAUUGAUUUAUUGAUUUUUAAGUAUUAGAAAU